ACUCUCGCCGGGCAGUUCAUCCUGAGCCAGCUGCUGCGGCGGCGGCUGGGGCUGGGGCGGCUGUGGCGGCGCCUGGCAGGCUCCGCCAGCCCCCUGGGAGCGGGGGAUGGGCUCCGGGCGCGGAGAAACUCCCUCAACAUCCAUCUCCAUCUUCCCAUUCACUGGAGGGCAAGACAAAAGCGGAGUGGAGACUUGGCAGCGGCGACCGGCAGCUCCUCAGCUGCCCGUGGCACGCAUGGCUCGCCGAGGAGGGGCCGCCUCCCGCGCGCCCUCCCUCCUGCCACCCUUCACCCGCGCUCCCCGCAGCUCCGCUCGCCUGCUCGGCUCCGGCCCUGGCUGCGUCUGGGCCGGGGAGCGCGAGGAGCGGGUGGCCGCGUGUCCUUGGAGCGCUGGCCUUCAGGCGCCCCCGGCAGUCCCGCUAAGCAGAGCGCAUCCCGGCGGCGGCGGCGGCGCCUCCCGGCCGCGCUCCCAGCCUCAGGGCCGCUUGGGGACUUGCUCUCCAGCCCGGCCCACGCUCCGAGCCGCUUUCCGGCGUCUCUUGGGGCCCCUCGGCGUUUCCCCUCCCUACCAACCUUCUGAACAAAGUUGCUGGAAGAACAAACCUGGUCGCCAGGAUUUGCCCGGCGAAACUGGCAAGAAUAGGGACUGUCAGGUGCAAGUGAAAUCUACCGUCCCCGCCCGCUGACCAAGCGCCGACCCCUCAGCCUUAUCCCCUCCCCAACGCAAAGGAGCCAAGGAAAGGAGGGAUCUCCGACCUGUGCGAGGUGGUGGCGGCGAGGACUAGAAAGAGAGGAGCGUGCGGAGAGCUGGUGCGCCCACCCCCAACCCCAGGUGACCCUCGCCUCCGCUCUGGCCCUGGUCCCCUCCCUCCCCCGGCCGAGCGCGCCUCAGGGGUCAGUCCCUCCGGGCUGCGCGUGUGUGUAUCCCAGAGCUCCGCUCCGGGGUCUGUUCUGCCGCUGGCGGCUCCGCGCCGCACAGCCCUGCACUAGAGAACUGGAGUAGAGAAGGAGAAGCCAACGGCAAAUUCCGGGCAGGAAGUCGACCUACCCUUGCCUCUGGCCAGGUCGCAGGUUAGAACCGGGAAGGGGUGGGGCCCCUCGGGGACAGGGAGGACGCGAGUCUCGCGGCGCGCCGGAGUUUGGCGUAAAGGUCGGCAGCAGAGGGUCGAUGGGGUAGGAGGAAGGAGAAGCGAGAAGUCGCUGCCAGGCAUUUACUGCAAUGUGCCCGGGGCGGGCGCCAGCUGGGCGCCGUCUCUUUUUGGUGGUGAGUUCUGUGCUGGAAGAGCGUCCUCAGCAGGGCAGGGCUCCACCAGGAGGCUUCGGUGGUGACCCGAGGGCAGGGAGUGCGGUGCGUCUGUACAUUUAGAGAUGGCGAGGGUAGACUUGGAAAUUCUUAAAUCGGGGUUCACCACUAGUCAGGUGAUCAGGAUGACUUCUCAAUUUAACACCACUUGAUCCUGGGUAGUAGCUUACAACUUCACGGGAACUGCCACUGCAACUCUGCACGUCCAGGAGGGACCUUCAGGCGACUCUGGAGAGAAAUGGCGGGUUAUCAAGAACCUGUUCAAUAUUAAAUAGAGCCCAUUGUUCUGGGCUUUGAGUUCCAUAAUGCUCCCAAAUGGAUCAGCAGAUUAAUGAACUAUUCAUGCGUUUCUUAGCAGAGGAUGGCUUUUUUUCCCCUAACAUAUAUCACAGAUCACACUUGCUUGAUGAAACUGGAAAAUUGCAUUGCUCAUCCCAUGAAUGCUUUGCAUUAACUUAAACACAACUUUUACAUAUCAAGACACACUGCCCCAUAGAUGCAGUUACACAAGAACACAUCAUUAGGUUGUAUUCCUCAUUGCUAUCUUUUAAUCUGACUCUGCAUGUAUGACAGAAAUUAAUUGCUCCACUUUCAUCAGCGUAGACAACCAAUCUGGGUAAUGCAAUGUGAACAAGCUUUUGAAAAAGAAGAAAAAGUUUAGGGACCAAAUUACCCAUUCUCUUUUUCUUCACAUUUUCUAAAAAUCAGAUUUCAAGUUCAUUUUCUCAAUUGGGAAUUGUUGAAAAUAGAGUGGGCUCCUCCCCAGUACCUGGUAAUAAACCAACAAUCAUUAGAGAAGGUUUAUAAUGGUAAAUUAGAUUAUAUGUGUAAUGUGCUUAGCAGAGGGUCUUAGUGCAUAGUGAGCACCUAACAUUGUUACACUGAGAACAGUAAGAUGAUACAAGUUCACACUGAGUGUUCAUCUGAAGACCUUGGUUUACAAAAAAGAAGCUACCAAUUUAAAUUACCUUUAUUUAAAUUUCCUAAAAGAUAUUUGGUCUCUUUAGAGAAUGAAACCGCUUCUGAAGACAGGAAGAAAGUCAAUAAUAUUUUGUGCAAUAAAGGUUUGAAUGUGUCAGAUUUUUUUUUUUCUACAGUGUAGCAAUAAAAAUCAUAUGUCAGUUCAGACAGCAGCAGGAAUAGCUGACUGGUAAGUUAUUAUUCUUCCAUGCUUGCUACUUCCAAAAUAUGUUUGUGAACUUCUUUCAAGGCUUAAAUGAAGAUUACAUCUAAAUAAAGAUACAAUACUUCAAUUAAAUUUGUUCUAAAUUUAGACAUGUCCUUUUAAAGACUCUCAUUGUUAAAUGCAAAUAUUUCUCCUUCUGCCCCUCUAUUUUUGGGGGACGUAGUUUUUUUAAGCAUCUGUCACAAGUAAAUAUGGACUCGGAAAAUAUAUUACAUUUCAAAACUGUUGAUUGCACCUAAUUAUGCAUGUAAAUUGCUACUUCAAGCAUGCAGACAGCUUGCAACAUUUUGAAAAUUUUGCCCUACUAGUCAUCUGAGGUAUUUGUGUUACUAUUUUGCAGUUGCCUUAAAUGACUCUUCAUUUCUCAAUUAACUUUCCAUUAAUGAUAGGUCUGUGAAUAAUUUUGACCUUUGACUUUCUCUUCCCAAAUGAUUUAAAUUAGUAAAUCAGCACUUUCAACAACAUCACCCUUCUUCCUAUUUAUACCAGACCUCUUGAUUUUUUGAGUCACUGAAAUGGGACUUUACAAAAAGGUGUCCUGGCAGAGUAGUCACUCUAACUCCUUGCUACUGAGUAUGAUCCAUGAACCAGAAUCUUCCCAACAUCUGGGAGUUUGUUAGAAAUGCAAGGUUUUGGGCCCUACCCUAGACCUACUGAAGCAGAAUCUACAUCCAGCAAGUGAUUCCUACAACAUUUAAGCUUAAGAGCCAGUGCUCUGGCACAUCACGUGGUUGGUCUUUCUACAUUAUAAUCAUCUAUGGGCACUCAUUAUUUCCCUGAAAUACUACCAAGAAAGGCUUACUAGGAAAACACAAUUUAGAAACAUUUUUUUAAAGACAUUAUAUUCCCCACGACCUCUCAACCUCCAGGAUCUUAGUGAUGCAUAAUGAAAAGUUUCAUAAAAUAAGAAUUUAUCA